AUGGACCUAGAGAAGCAGGCAGAAGAGAUGGCGGAGAAGGCUCUUGCAUCUUUGCCUCCUGCUGCGCGAGCUGCAAAGAUUGAGACAGUGAAAGCUGGAAUUUUAAAACGCCUCCAAGCUGAUAGCAAUGCUGCUCCACACCCACCACCACCUGCAGCGCCGCCACCUCCUCCAGAGCCUGAACUCCACAACGCUGAGGAAGAAGCUUCGCAAGCCUCGUCGCUAGUGCCUUCAGUAGCGGGUGUGGAGCUUUUUGGAGAUUUGCCAUGGUUUGCAGACCUCACACUGCGGGCGCGGCUGUUGCAAGAGGUUCGCCAGGCACAUGCUGCAGAAAAGAUCCUGGUCGGUGCACCAGGAGAGGAGAUUCAGCGUAUUCUUUCUCGCAAGGGUGGACAACUUCUCGCUGCUGGAGCAGUCUUACGUUUGGGUGGAGUGCAUCAUGGUGGCUAUGGAGAGUCGGACAUCAACUACGCCUAUCGCCAACUAUCGCGAGCCUUGCACCCGGACAAAAACCCUGGUAUUCCCGAGGCUCAUGAUUCCUUCAAGCGCUUGGGUGAAGCUGCUGAGGAGCUCAAGCAGGUCCUUGCCGAGUCCAGAGCUGCAUUGAAUACAUUUUGUCAAGUCACAAUGGGAGCUCCCGCUUCGGCAGAGAGUCUUGAACGGCCGCAAGGUGAGCUGAUGGCAGAGGCAAGCAGGCUGCUCGCUGCAGUUUUGGCUCUCUCAGGAGAAGGAACAAUUUCCGAGACGUCACUUUGGCGAGCUCCUCGAGUAUUUGUGGUGAUACCCUAUUGGAGAUGUCAGCCAGAGGACUCAAACGGUAUCAAGAUCCUCAACUACUGGAGCUCUUUGCUUCGUCCUCUGUUCGAAUCGCCUAUGACUGCGCAAAGAAGCGCUUCCGUGCUCAAUUCCUUUGCGCCUUGA